GCAAACUGUUCAGUUUCAAUUGAAUCGUUUUGCAAGCUUGUAAAGUAAAGUAAUUAUUUUUGAAUGUAACACUAUAAUGCUUUAUUUAACAAUAACGAAAGUUGUUUUUGAGUAAAACACAUUGGUGCGUCUCAUUUCCCUCCUUCUAUCGUGAAUCAGUUCAUUGUAAACACAGUUGUGACGAGAGAAACUCCGAGUCAUUUGAACCGAAUGCUUUGCAAAAUGAUUCAAUGAUUCGAAACGCUCGAAUAACCGCAUCCUGACGACACUUACAUGUAAUUUUUACAAACCAACUGAUAAUGUUUUCAUGAAAGUUUAAUAAAAAAAAUAAUAUAGCUACAGAUCAAUUAAUAUCAAAUCAUAAGUAAAUAAUUGUGAAUUGUCUGUGUAAUGUGUACUCUUUUAGUAAUUUUUAGUGCUAGUUUAGAGGGUUUUUUUGUUUUGUUUUUUUGUCUUAUUUAAAUCCAUUAACUCUGACUCUCUUACCAGAGUACUGAAUUACUGAACUAGAGCUGAUUGAGACAGUCUCUCUUUCUGUUAAUUAUUGUUAUCUUUAUCAUGACAGUGUCCAGGAAGACUCUUGAUGAAGCAACUGAGAUCCAUGUGACACACUAUUAUAAAGAUGGCAUUUAUUAAAGAGAACAGUGAAGACAUAAAGAUGGAGUUUAUUAAAGAGGAGAUUGAAUCUGUGAACAUUGAAGAAACAUUCAGAAUUAAACAAGAAGAAACUGAGGAACAAACAAAGAUUGAGUUUAUUAAAGAGGAGAGUAAAGACACGAAGAUGCCGUUAAUUAAAGAGGACUGUGAAGACGUAAAGAUGGUGUUUAUUAAAGAAGAGAGUGACGACAUGAAGAUUAAAGAAACAAUUAGAGUGAAACAAGAAGAAACUGAGCAACAAACAGACCUGAUGGCACUGAAAGAAGAGAGUCAAGAACUGAAUGAAAUGGAAGCGGAAGAUUGUGAUUUCAUGACAGGAGAAAAAUCCACACAGACUAAAAAAAAAUCCUCUCAAAAAAGAACUCAGAAAACCAUAUCUGACAGUUGUUUUACCUGCCAACAGUGUGGACGCAGUUUUGCUCAUAAACAAAACCUUAAAGUCCACAUGAGAGGUUCACACUGGAGAGAAGCCUUUCACCUGCCAACAGUGUGGACAGAGUUUUGCACGUAAAGGAAACCUUAAUACCCACAUGAGAGUUCACACUGGAGAGAAGCCUUUCACCUGUUCUCAGUGUGGAAAGAGUUUCAAUCAUAAAGGGAACCUUUAUGUCCACAUGAGAAAUCACACUGGAGAGAAACCCUACACGUGUCUUCGAUGUGAGAAGAGUUUCACUUAUCUUAGAGACCUGAAAUGUCAUUUGCAAACUCAUUCUGGAAUGCAACUGUAGUGUUCUGUAUCUAGUAAAAGAUUUACAAAAUACAACAGUUUCAGAA